ACACCGUCGACGGGGGGGGGGGCAGCGACCUCUCACCUCUCUAUUGAUUCCAGACUACUUCGCAUAGCAGCGCGUACAUUUCUCCUCAGCUAUUAAUACAUGAAAAACCCAUCCUGUCCGUCCCUCUGUCACUCCCGGUCGCUGCCUGUGAAGAAGAGCGCGCGGGACGUGGGAUCCGCCCCCCCCCCCCCAGGAGAAGAGGAGAGCGCGCGCAGACCCGACAGAACUCAGCUCCUCGGGCGACUCGUCCAGACUAAGCAAGCAAGCAAGGAAGAGGAGGGAAAAAAAAAAAAAAGUUGCAAUUUUUUGGUAAACUUUCACAGAAGGACUCCUCUGAAGAAGCAGUAGAUCUGGCAGGUCAGAGAGGGGGGCGCAAUGUUGCGGACUGUCCUGCUUGUCCUGGUGGCUGCGCUGGGUCCCACCAGCGGCGCUGCCUUCCCCAGCAGCGGGGCGGCGGCGGCGGGCGGAGAUCAUCUCCGAGAUGUGGCCCCUCACUUAGCCGCGGACUCGGAGCCUCGCAACGCCAGCAGCGCUUGCGGCGACUGCCGACCCGAGCUGUGUCCCGAGGCCAGGGGCUGCAGAGCCGGCUUGGUGUCGGACCGCUGCGGCUGCUGUGCCGAGUGCGGCAACGUGGAGGGGCAGCCGUGCGACCCGGGCUCCUCCAGCACCUUCUACGGGCUGUGCGGCGCGGGGCUGCGCUGCGCCCUCGACCUGCAGGACCUGCGCUACGGCGACGUGCUCGAGCCGCAGUGCGUGUGCGUCACCCAGGAGGCCGUGUGCGCGUCCGACGGCACGAGCUACGUGAACAUGUGCCGCUUCGAAGAGGCCGCUUUUUCCACACCGGGGCUGAGAGUGGCGGGCGGCGGGCCGUGUCGGGCAGUCCCUCUUAUUAAGAUCCCGCCACGGAACCUUGUCAACGUGACCGGCAGCAGCAUUAUAUUCUUGUGUGAAGUCUUUGCAUAUCCAAUGGCGUUGAUAGAGUGGCGAAAAGAUGGCAACGAUGCAGUUCUCCCAGGGGAUGAUCCUCACAUUUCUGUACAGUCGCGGGGAGGCCCAAUGAAAUAUGAGCUGUCAAGCUGGCUGCAAAUCGAAGGCGUAGCUCCGGAGGACGCCGGCACAUACCGCUGUGUGGCCCACAACCAGCUGGGUACUGUCUCAGCAUCCGCAGAGCUGGGUGUGCUGGGACCAGAAGAAAUAUCUGCAUUUUCAACAGAAGACAUGCCAGGAAUGUUUGGAUAUGACCACCAGAGAGAGUACGAUGAGGACUACUAUUAAUGCCUUUCUCUGGGUACGUCUGUCAUUGGCAGACAGGGUGCUUCUAGAACCUUCUUCUGUAGCAGUCCACAUUGUUACAGCCAGGCUCAUUCUGUGAGACACAUUUUUGCACUGAUUGGGGCUCGUGUGGAAACCACAGAAGGACCUCCCUAUCUUUGCCGCAGUCCUGGGACGGUGAUUAUGGCACAGAGCUUCUGUUGACUAGAAGAGCAGCAGCACCAUCAGCUUCAUCUCGCAAAAACGAAUGGCUGAAUUUUUUUGAGCACACCUCUCAGAGCUAUCACACCCAUCCCCGUGUCCAAGUAUUUCAAUCAAAAAGAAAACAGAGGAAUGAAUAACCCUUGUGUUUCAAAGUAGCUGUGCUCCACUUCCUCUGGAGUCAUACGCGUAGACCGUGAUGGCUUUUGAACCGCAAGCGUGUAACGCGUUCCGAAAUGUCUCAAUAGCCUCUUGUCAAACCCUCAUCUGACAGUGGCUUAACAUGCACUUUAAAGUACUCGGUAUUGCCUUCAGACAUCUGCAACUGUACUACAUUUAAAGUACCAACUGGAAUAUAUUUGGAAUGCUUCACAGUGUCUUUUUCCAUAUCUCGCUGUGCCUUUUUGGUUAGGUUUGUAUUGCCAUGUACCGUAUGUCUUUUAUGUGCGGACAGAUGCGUGGGCAAGCGCAGCUCCCGCAGGGGACCUCAGCUCACACAUGGAUUUCAUGUCUGGGAAACUGCUACUGCGUAGGAAUGAACACGGUCUGCACCCUAUGUUGGGGAAAGCUGUAAAACAUUUGUGCAGGUGACAACUUUCUAAAUCACUGAUCCCCUAACUGCUCCUAUUUUCCUACAGCAUCCCGUAGUGCUCCUUUCCCCUUACACACUUACCAUAAUGUUUAAAAUACCCUACCACCUGGAGUCUAUUUUCUUUCCUGUGUUCCCGUGCCAACAUAUUUCUCCUGCUUGGCCAUCUUUAUGAAAAGAUCAAGAGCUGCAUUGAAUAUGAUAUUAAAAAUCUUGAAGUCCCUUACUGUCCACUUAAACAAAGAAGUCUCUUGACUUGUAAUGUUUUUCCAUUUUCUUUCCUUUCCUGAAAUGUUUUCCCCCCCCCCCCUUUUGAGUAUGUAAUCUGGUGUAUACAUAAUGAUUAAACCAGUCAGACCCUU